UCCCUGCUGCUGGCUCAGGCUGCCCACCAGCUCAGCCCUGGGGGAGGCCCUUACACCCCCAGCCAGGGAACUAACAAGUAUCAGAGGAUUCCAGGAGCCCAGCUGCAAAGAUCGGCCGCCCCCCCCAGGGUCCCAGAAGCUGCCCUCUGCCAGCUCGAAGGCACCUGUACUCCAAGUCCUCAGCUGCCGGCCUGCACCAGCCCGGAACCCCCUCCCGCUCUGCUCCGCGGGAGCCAGGAACGGCCCCUAUUAGGCAAUCAUUAAUUGGAUUCUUGACGUUCCGUGGCCCCAACUUGGCCUGAGAGAAGCAUGCUCCCCGGAGGAGGAGAAGGAGGAGGAGGAGAAGGAGGAGGAGCAGAGUUCCAGGACUGGCAUUUGAACAUGCAGCUGACGGGAAAAGUGGUGCUGGCCGCAGCUGCUCUGCUCCUGGUCACUGCAGCCUACAGACUGUACAAGUCCAGGUCUGCCUGGGCCUCACAGGAGGGCCGGCACACCAAGGCCCAGGCCCAAGAGGAGGCCGAGGCCGAGCCCGAGGCAGAAGGGUCAGGGCAGUCGGCCUUCCAGAGGACUGCGCCCCGGAUCCCACACGCAAAACCGAGACGCCGCCGGAGAGAGAGCCAGAGAGCUGGCGGGAUGCCAGGCUGCAGCUGGGAGGAGCAGGGGGCUUCCCAAGUCCUGGCACAGGGAGUCUCCUGCAGCGAAGCCGAGAGACAGGAAACUGGUGAGGAGCAGGGCCAGCGGUGCCCCGGCUGUGACCUGGUACCUCCUGGCUGUGAGAGCCAAGAAGCCGGAACAGCAGUCGGUGCCGAGCCCAAGCAGCCCCUCCGCCCCCGUGCGGGCAGUGAACCCGAAAGCUGCCCGGCCAGCCUCUCUGCAGCGGCCAGCAGUGGGGCGGGCGGUGAGCUGACCCCGCAGCAGGACGACGGACCCUCAGAGCGCUCAGGGGCCCCGGAGCAGGGGUCCCUCCAGCAGCCCUGGCAGGCCCACGUGGAAGGUGCGAGUGACGUGGACAACAGCUGGGCCUUCACAGGGGUGGCAAGGGUCCGCAGGGAAGAGGGUGGAGCCCUUCAGGCGGCCUCCGAUCUGGCCCUGCAUCAGCAGGAAGGAGCCACCAACUCCUCUUACACCUUCUCAUCGGUGGCCCGGGUUCGAAUGGAGAAUUUCAUUCAGCAAAGGGUGCAGGGGACUGGGCCAAGGCUCAGGGGCAAAGUGUAUGACUACUAUGUUGAGUCCACAUCUCUGGCCACCUCCGGGGACAGACUGGGGGGCAGCACAGCCGCCCUGGGAUGGGACGGCAGCCCUCCGGCCCUUCCGCCGGGUCCGCUGGAGACAGACACAGCCCGGGAGGGCCCCACAGAGGACGUGGAAGGUGGAGCCCAAGCAGCCCCCAGCUCCCGGACCGCACCGGCCGCCCACGCCCGAGGCCUCAGCAGGAGAGAGAGCCUACUGCAGAUCGUGGAGAACCCCGAGCUUCAGCUACAGCUCGACGGCUUUGGAGGCCCCAGUGACUCCUGCCCGGGGUCCGAGGAAUCUUCGGGGGCUGGCUCAGCCAGAAGCGGCAGGGAGUCGCACGUGCAGCUGGUGGCCCGCACCAACUUCUUCCACCUGCCCCUGGCCCCCGGCUCAGCGGCUGGCGUCCACCUGGAUCUGGGCAACUGCUCCGAGGUGCUGAGCUUGGCCAAGAGGCAGAAGCUGGAGACCCUGAAGGAGGCGGCCUACCAGGUGAUGAGUGACAAUUACCUGCAGGUACUGCGCAGCCCGGACGUCUACGGGAGCCUGAACGGGGCCGAGCGGGAGCUGAUCCUCCUGCGAAGGCUGAGGGGCCGCAAGCGCCUGGUGGUGGCUGAUGUGUGUCCCCAGGAGGACUCCGGCCGCCUCUGUUGCUAUGACGACGAGCGGGAUGCCUGGCAUCCUCUGGCCCGGCUGCCCCCGGAGGCUGUGUCCCGAGGCUGUGCCGUCUGCAGUCUCUUCAAUUACCUCUUCUUGGUGUCCGGCUGCCAGGGGCCUGAGCGCCGGCCCUCCAGGCGCGUCUUCUGCUUCAACCCGCUGACGGGCAUCUGGAGCGAGGUGUGCCCGCUCAACCAGGCCCGGCCGAGCUGCCGCCUGGUGGCCCUGGACGGCCACCUGUACGCCAUCGGGGGCGAGUGUCUGAACACGGUGGAGCGUUACGACCCGCGCCUGGACCGCUGGACGUUCGCCCCUCCGCUGCCCGACAACACCUUCGUGCUGGCGCACACGGCCACGGCCAGCGCCAGGGAGAUCUUCAUCACGGGGGGCACGCUGCGGUACCUGCUGCUGCGCUUCUCGGCCGCCGAGGGCCGCUGGUGGCCUGGCCUCACGACGGGCAGCAAGGAGCGCACCGCCGAGAUGGUGGCGGUGGACGGCUUCCUCUACCGCUUCGACCUCAACCGCGUCCUGGGCAUCGGCGUGUACCGCUGCAGCGCCAGCGCCCGCCUCUGGUACGAGUGUGCCAACCACCGCGAGCCCUACCCCGAGGCCUUCCGGUGCGCGGUGCUGGGCAGCCUGGUCUACUGUGUGGGGCACCGACGCACCCUGUGCUUCCACGCCGAUGCCCGCUCGCCCAGGUUUGUGCCCAAGAAGCUGCAGAGUUUCCCCUCCCCGCGGGGCACCCUCCUGCCCACCACCCUGACCCUACCCAGCCCAGAUGUGCCUCAGACCAGGGUCUAGGGUACCCUCCCCCAGAAAAACAGAGGGGGGUGGUGAAAGCACCUCUUACCCACCACUCCGUGAACCAGCGGGCGAUGCAGGAGUCGGGUGGACCGGACACAGACUAAUGCCCCCACUCCUGUGCCGGAGGCCCUGGGGUCUUUACCGUCGGUGAGAUGCAGGGCUGUGGCGUGAAGACAGCAGCAAGGACGUGUGACCCAAGGUGGAGGGCACCCUCAUCUCCAGGGAGGACCACAGCCUAGCGUCAGAUGUGAACUUGGCUUGGGGGCAUGUCCCAGUUCUCCUGCCAAGUUUCCGUUGAGUGGCCUUAGUACGAAGUAGAAAACCAGGGUGGGUGCUGGCUCGCGGCCCUGGGUUGGAGCCCCUGCACAGUGUCUGCGGGAGGCCCCUUCACAAGCACUGAAGCAGGUCUGCAGGUGUCUCUCUCUCCUUCUUUCUCUAUCUCCCUGUCCUCUCUCAAUCUCUCUCUCUUCUCUCUAGUAAAAAUCAAAAAAAGAAAGAAUGGCCUCAGAUGAAGCCUAAAAUAUAAAAUCAUAGUUUAGAAGCCAGCUGACCUUUAGUGAACUUUCCCAGGGGCAAUAGGCCGUAGCUCUCUUGCUUUCUCUUUAAAAUAUAUUUUAAAAAGAUUGGAUGGUAGCACAGCGGGU